AUGACACUGCAGAAGCAUUUCCUCAAAGAAGAAACUGAGACUGAGGACUCGGCUUCUUCCCGGAACGGAGCCACACACGCCCUGCAGCAUCAGGACAUUCCUCCUCGUGUCUUCAGCAGGAUGUAUCCGUCAGUGUCAGUGGUUCUCCUCCCUUUCCUCUGCUCAGCUCUUCUGUGUGGAGUCCUGGACGUCAGUUCUCAGGAGGCCGGGAACGCAACAACCCCGAUGCCCUCCAACACCACGGCCCCUGGACCCUCCACCCCCGGUGUCCCUGGGACCACCCCCGGUGUCCCUGGGACCACCCCCAACUCCAACUGGACCACCCCCAACUCCAACUGGACCACCCCAGGUUCCUCUGAUCCCACAACGGAGGCGACCCCGGCCCCUGCUCAGGGCCUGUCGGACGGGGCCAUUGCGGGGAUCGUCAUCGGGAGCAUCGCUGGUGCAGGUUUAGUCGGUGGCGGAAUCUACGGCUUACUGAAAUACACCGGGAAAAUCUAA